AUGAGUGGCAAAUUUGUGCGUGCUUCGAAGUUCCGGCACGUCUAUGGCCAGGCUGCCAAAAAAGAGCUACAAUAUGAAAACAUUCGUGUAACAAACAACGCAUGGGAUUCCAACCUCAUUAAAGCCAAUGGCAAAUACAUUGCAGUCAAUUGGAAUGCGUCGGGUGGUGGAGCGUUUGCCGUCAUUCCCGUUGGUGAAGUUGGUAAAGCUCCUGAUCAGGUGCCUUUAUUUAGAGGCCACACUGCACAUGUUCUUGAUACGGAUUUCAAUCCCUUUGACGACAAUGUGAUCGUUUCUGGAUCUGACGAUGCGAAAAUUGGAGUUUUCGAAAUUCCCGAAGGUUAUUCGUUCCAAAAUUAUGUGGAUGAAGAAGGUUCCCCGAAGGAUAUCCAUGCCAAAAAGUUUCUGACCGGCCACAACCGAAAAGUGGGACACGUUCUUUUCCAUCCCACGGCCAAAAACGUGCUUGCUUCGUCCUCGUUGGAUCGCACCGUCAAGAUUUGGGAUAUCGACACUGGAGAGUGUUUAUUUACACUUCAGCAUCCAGAUAUGGUGACGUCCAUGUCUUUUAGCUAUAAUGGCGAUCAUUUGGUCACAGUUUCUCGUGACAAGAAACUGAGAGUUUGGGAUGUCAGAAAGGAAGCCGUUGUGAGUGAAGGGCCCGCGCACACGGGUGCUAAGAAUCAAAGGGUCGUUUGGCUCGGAAAUUCUGAUAGAAUAGCGACAACUGGAUUUUCAAAAUUAAGUGACCGUCAAAUCGGUAUCUGGGAUGCCUUCAAUCUUGAGAAGGGGGAUUUGGGCGGAUUUUACACCGUCGAUCAGUCCUCGGGUAUUUUAAUGCCCUUUUAUGACGAUUCUAACAAAAUCUUGUACUUGGUCGGGAAAGGUGAUGGCAACAUCAGAUAUUUCGAAUUUCAGAAUGAUGAGCUAUUCGAACUUUCCGAGUUCCCUUCCACUGAUCCUCAAAGAGGAUUUGCCGUGGCCCCACGUCGUUCCGUUAACGUGAAGGAUAAUGAGGUUUUACGCGGCUACAAAACUGUCUUAGAUCAUUGCAUAGAGCCAGUGUCGUUUUACGUUCCAAGAAAAUCGGAAGGUUUUCAAGACGAUAUCUAUCCUGAUGCUCCCUCGAACACUCCAGCCUUGACUUCAAGGGAAUGGCAGUCUGGGAAGUCAGUGAACGGCCCCGUUCUGUUUAAUGUCAAAGCGCUUUACGACGGUAGCGAUGUGGUAUUGACAGCAGCUGUGGCCGCGUCUGAAACUCAUACUCCACAAGUCGACACACAGAAGAAGUCACCUCUUGUAAAGGAAAGCAGUGCGGGUUUACUUUCGCAGCAAGAGCAACCAUCCUCGCCUGUAGCAAUCUCCACUUCUUCCUCUGCCAAUUCGAGAGCUGACGAAAAAGCGGUUGGUGCGAACACUAAAAGUCAAGCGGAUGACGCUUUGAAGAAGGAUGAAUCCGUUGACAAGCUGCUUGAAAAGGCGCGCAACCUUGACGAAGUCAAUCGUGCGGAAGACCCCUCAAAAGACGUUUCAGACUGGGAAGAUGAUAACGAAAACAAGACUUCGCUAAGUAAUAAAGCUGCAACUCAUGAAAAGAAAGAAAGUGUGCUGGCUGAAAACAGCAGAAGUGCACAAAAUUGUUCCUCAGCUUCGAAAACCACGGCCUCCUCUCAAAAGCUUGAGAAAACAUUCAAACCCGAAACCUUAAAGUCAGAUGUUUCGGAAAACGGCCCUGCAACCACCUUCCAAGUCGAACAACUCCCCGCAAAAGCUGAAAUCAAAGAACAGCCAAAUAAAGCUUCUCCCAGUACUGAAUUGUCCAGUUCUAAUGCGCCACCUGCCGCCAAAUCGAUGGGAUUAAAACAAUCUGUAGAAAAACUAUCCUCUUUAGUGAUACACCUGGAAAGCGUGGUUCAAAAACUCAUUGAAGCGAAUAUUGAGAAAGACAAGAAGCUGGAUCAUUUAACUUCGUUAGUGGAAAACUUAAAUCCUUCUUGA